CUCUCUCUCUCUUGUUUUCAACGACAAGCCUCUUGCAUUAUCAAUCACAGUAUUAAGUUUCAUCUCUCUCUCUCCAAUUCUCUUUCUCUCUCUAGAUCCUUCCCGUUUCUCUGCAAUUCAUCAGCCGGUGAAAGACCUGAAGUUUGGAAAAGAAAUGUGUUGCAUUUUACAAGCUUUCUUGGAUGUAGCUGACCUCUUCUUGUAGUCUACUUGCAACACGGGUCUGACUAAGACAGUGGUUGGUUUUAGAUGAUAACCACUGGCUGCAGCUUGUGAAGGCUGCAGUUAAGAAUGUUGAUAAUUUUUUUGUUGAUGCCUUGCAAUGAAAACUGGGCCUUCUACAAUUCCUUGUAUUAUAUGAUGCACAUAUGCUCUGAUAGAUGUUAUCAGCCAAGUAAAAAACACUGUGUUGACAACAGUGUAGAAACCUCUAUCAGGACAUUAGAAGUCCAUUGAGAGAAAUUGCUUUGUCACUUGCUGUAAAUCUGACAAUGGAAAAAUACAAGAUACUGAAAGAACUUGGGGAUGGAACAUGUGGUACUGUAUAUAAAGCUAUUAACAUGAGAACAUCUGAGAUCGUUGCGGUUAAGAAAAUGAAGAGAAAAUUUUAUGAUUGGGAAGAGUGCAUAAAUCUGCGAGAAGUAAAGUCCCUCUGUAAACUGAAUCAUCCUAAUAUCAUCAAGUUGAAGGAGAUUGUCAGGGAGAAUAAUGAGCUAUUCUUCAUAUUCGAAUACAUGGAACACAAUUUGUACCAAACCAUGAAAGAACGGCAAAGACCUCUCUCAGAGGAAGAAAUCAGAGGGUUGUUGUCUCAGUUGUUGCAGGGACUUGCUCAUAUACAUAGAAAUGGAUAUUUUCAUCGGGAUUUAAAACCUGAGAAUAUACUUGUGACCAAUGACAUCAUGAAAAUUGCUGACUUUGGACUCGCAAGAGAAGUGUCUUCAAUGCCUCCUUUCACAGAUUAUGUUUCCACUCGCUGGUACCGAGCACCAGAAGUCUUGCUACAAUCUUCAUUAUACACACCUGCCAUAGAUAUGUGGGCAGUUGGUGCAAUACUUGCUGAACUUUUCACUUUGUGCCCAAUUUUCCCUGGUGAAAGUGAGAUGGAUCAACUGUAUAAAAUAUGCUGUGUUCUUGGCACUCCAGAUUGGAAUGCCUUUCCUGAAGCAAGAAACAUCUCCCGUUUGAUUGAUAUCAGUUACCUUCAUAUUAUGCCAGUAAAUCUUUCUGAUAUGAUACCCAAUGCAAGCUUGGAAGCUAUUGAUUUGAUUGAGCAACUCUGCUCAUGGGACCCAUUGAGGAGGCCAACUGCUGACCAGUGCUUGCAGCAUCCCUUUUUCCAUGCUGGAAUAAGGAUUCCACAUUCAUUGGGUGAUCCACUGCAGCUAAAGUUAAGUAAUGAUGGGUCAAAACCAAAUCUUGAGUUGAACCUUUGGGAUUUUGGCAUGGAAAGAGAUGACUGUUUUCUUGGUUUGACUUUGGCAGUGAACCCCAGUUCUUCUAGACAGGAAAAAAUAGAGACUAAAAAUCAAGCUGCAGUAAAGGAUAUGCUUUUAUGCUCAGGAUUCCAGGACCACUCACAGCAAUCAGUUGUUUGGUCAUUGUUUCCUUCUGAUCAGCAUAGAACUUCGGCACCAAUGGAGUCCUCUCUGUCAUUGUCAUUCAGUUCAAUUCCACACACAUCCGCUGGCGUUCCCCAAUCAGCAGGCUUUGCUAUGGCUUCUUUACAGACUAACAUUUUCGACCGACCCUUACUGGCCAUGUCGUCCCCCUUCCAGCAGGGACAUUACCUUUAAAACAAGUUAAUAACCUCCAAUAAGAAUGGCCUGGCCUUUAUAGGUAUUUUAGCUGUAAUUAUUUCUUGUGUAUUUGUACAUUGCCCUUGAGGUCUACACUCAACAUGCACCCCUCACUCGUGGAUCAUCUUGUAAAUGCGAGUGUGAUUCUUUCCUGAUCAACACAAUUGCUCACUGUUGCCUAAUUGGUUUUGCUUGAUCAACAUUUAUAUGGAUCAAAUGUUUAAAGAUGGAACUUGUACUGUGUACUACACACUUAUUUGGAUUAUACUUUUUUUUUUUUUUUUUUUCCAUC